AUGAGACCGUACGUUGCCAUCUUGAUAGCAGGUGCUUUGGCUCAGGCCUUAUUGUUAGGAGAAAGCGAUGACGGUUGUGGUGGUAUGACACCGAUUGGUUGUACCGCUGACUACUGUCCAUACGAAUGCGAUACUCCGUUUUUCGACGAACAAGAACCGGAAAUUGUCGUUAAUUACGCAGCGGUACAAGCUCAGGAAAAUUUCGACGCAGAUCUUGAGGCUGAACUGUUGCAGAAGGAUCUCGCCACGUAUCGCUGUGAUGAACCUCGCCUCACUCACCUAAUGUUAAGUAUGAACAAUCAACAACGACGAAUGGUGAGUCAUGACAGAGCAUUUGAUAUUGUUCAAAUCAGUCUAAAAAAUCAGUCUGAAAUAUUCCAAGUUGGCUUCACAUUUUAA